AUGUUGUCAUCAUCGGAUCACCACAAUUCCUCAUCAACCACCACCAAUCAACCAACAAAGAAGAAACAAAAAAUUACUUUGCAUUUAACAGGAUUCGGACCUUUUUCAGGUGUGAAAGAGAAUCCAACCACAUUGAUCAUUGAAAAAUUAAAGAAUGAGAAUUUUACACUCCAAUCUCAUGAUAAUUAUGAAAUCAAUCCCAUUCAUUACAGUAUUAUUGAAACUUCAAUGAAAGCAGUGAAACAAUAUUUUGAAGAAAUGAAAUGUCAUGCAGUCCAAAAUCAGCAAGAUGAUGAAUCUAUUGAUAUUUUCAUUCAUUUAGGUGUCAGUGGAAAUAGUAUCAUGUACGAGCUAGAAGAAAGAGCAAAGAAUGAAAAGACCUUCCGUGCAAAAGAUGAACAAGGAGAACAACCACUGAAUGAGCCCAUCAAUGAACACCUUCCACAAGAUACCUUUCUCCAUUGCAAUUUCAGCACCAAACUUUCUUCCAUCAUUGAAUCAGUCAAUAGAAAAUUACAACUUAAUUCCCAACUCCAUCCACCACUCUCACAAUUCGUUCUCGAAACUGCCAAUCACAAGUUGGAAAAAACUCAAAUUGUGAAAUCCACGAAAAACGCUCUCUCUUCCAAUCAAUUAGAAGCUUUGAAACAACUCGAAGAAUUGCACAAUGACUUGCAAGAAUCUCUUUCUCUCAUUACCCAAUCAGGAGCUUAUUGCAAAGCUUCCAAAGAUGCAGGUCUAUUUAUUUGCAAUUAUUGUUAUUACAACUCGUUGCAAUAUUCGUGUUCUCAGAACGUUGUUGACAUUGGAGAAGGAAUGAAGAGAACAUGUUACAGUUUAUUCGUUCAUGUUCCUCCUCAUGAUUUGAUUCCAGUGCAUGAUCAAGCACAAUUUGUGAAAACUCUUCUCCAUACCAUUGUGGAGCAUGUUGUGGUGUCAGAAUGA